ACAAGUGCCGCAGCAGCAGCAGCAGCUGUAGCAGUAAAAACAUUAGGAUGCUUCAGGUGUUUGUCGCUGAAAACGGAGAAAAACACGUGAGUCUGUGUCUGAGCAGCCAUGGAGCGCGGUCGCUCCUGCCCCACGCUGUGCUCGCGGUCGUCGGCCUACACCGUCGCCCUGGGCCUGGGCUGCGUCACCAUGGGAACCAGUCGCAUCCUGCUGCUCAGGUUCUCUGCCAAUGCAGAGAACAAGUACGACUUCCUGCCUGCGUCUGUCAAUCUCUUCGCUGAGGCCCUCAAACUCCUCUUCUGCCUGGUGAUGUCUCUCAGGGUCAUAGUGCGAGAGGGACGAUCCUGCAGAGAACUCGGCUAUUCCUCGCUCUCGUCCUUCCUCAGCUCCCUGAAGUGGGCCGUCCCGGCUUUCCUCUACUUUCUAGACAACCUCAUCAUCUUCUUCGUGCUCACCUACAUUCAGCCUGCCAUGGCAGUGUUGUUCUCUAACUUUGUCAUCCUCACCACGGCUGUGCUCUUCAGAGUUGUGUUGAAGCGGCGUCUGUCCUGGGUCCAGUGGGCAGCGUUACUGGUCCUCUUCCUGUCCAUCGCGUCCCUGACGACGGGAUCGGGAAGCAGCCAGAGUGCUGGCUCCGUCCACCGCGUCCACCUGAACGUCCUGUCCACCCCGUCCAACUCCUGUGUGCUCUACACGCAGCUGCUGGAGCAGAUGAGGAACAGCAGCAGUGAGUCGUGGUCGUCGUCUGCGUCCGUCCAGGCGUGGAGCGACAGCGUCGCGGGGAGACUGCGGUCUUUCGGAGUCGGUCACGUUCUGCUGCUGCUGCAGUGCGUCGUCGCGUCCAUGGCCAACAUCUACAACGAGAAGAUCCUCAAAGAGGGAGAGCAGCUGACGGAGAGCAUCUUCAUCCAGAACAGCAAACUAUACGGCUUCGGCGUGGUGUUUAACGCUCUCACCCUGGGGCUCGGCAGCGAGGCGCGAGGUCUCACGGCUCACUGCGGCCUCCUGCACGGACACAACGUCUUCUCUCUGGCUUUGGUUCUGGUCACUGCCGCUCUGGGUCUGUCUGUGGCGUUUAUCCUGAAGUUCAGAGACAACAUGUUCCACGUGCUGACGGGACAGGUCACCACCGUCCUCGUCGCCGCGCUCUCCUACUUCCUCUUUGAGUUCCGCCCCUCGUUGGACUUCUUCCUGCAGGCGCCCGUGGUCCUGUUGUCCAUCUUCAUCUACAACGCCAGCCGACUCAAAGACCCCGAGUACAGUCUGCAGCAGGAGAAGCUGAGGGUCAUCAACGGGGAGGUGUUUGAGAGGUCCAGAGGGGACGGCGAGGAGCUGGAGCUUCUGUCCAAGCCAAACUCUGACAGUGAGUCUGAGGAGGAGUCUCUGUAGGACAGGACGGAGGACGAGCGUCUUCUCUGCUGAAUGUCCUCCUGUCCUCCUGAACGCCACACUGUUACAUGUCCACUCUGUCUGUGCGACGGGACGUUCGGUGGACAAACACAGUCUGACUCCUGUCAGGUGCUGAAGGCUGCUGUGUGUGUGUGUGUGUGUGUGUGUGUGUGUGGCUGCUGACACGGUCCAGUGGGAGGAGCCUCAGUGUCACAUCCUCGUGUCAUUCCUGCUGAAGGUGCAGCUCUUUGAACGCAGGUGACUUUCAGACUUUUAUUCUUGUAAAUGUUGGUGUUUACUCGACCGUGCGGUGUCUCAGGCUGCUUUCACACGCGGCCCUUUAUUUUCAUUCAUUCACAUCAUCAUGUCGUCAUAGUUCAGAGAAUAGGAAAGGUCAACAAAAACAGAAAAAAUCACUAAAUGGCUGCCGUCCUCAAAUGAACCAAAGAUAUUCAACAUUAUUUUAGACACAAGGAUGUCCAGUGUCCACAAAAUGUCUUGUUUUGGUCCACAAACACAAAAUGAUUCAGUUUGAAUGAUUUAUUUGUUAAAUGGAGCAAAGGAAUGAGAUAACUAUUCACAUUUAAGAAGCUGAAAAAUGACAGAAAUAAAAACAAUAAAACAAUUAAAUGCUUACAAAAAUAAUAAUAAAAAACAUAUUUAUCUCUUUAUGUUGUCAUGAGACAGACUUUUCCAAAAGGAAACUGAAGUUUGUAAAUCCAUUCAUAUUUAUCUAAUCAGGCUUUUAUUGUGAAAUAUGCACUUUUGCGGCUAAGUUAAAUACAGACGAGUAUUUUAAAGUAUGUUUAAUGAUGUUUAAAGAUGAAUUCUGUGUGAAACAGAAACACGCAGCCAGUGUGAAACCAGCACGGCGCAGGGAAUUUAAUCUCUUAUAUUAUUUUCCCGUUACAACAACGAGUUCUUUGGUCAGAAGAAAGUGUUAAAUGUCACUAAAGUGUCUGACAUCCUCACACAAUGCAAAGAUUUUCAGCUGAAAUCUGCAGAAGACGAUCAGAGCCACAUUUGUGAAACAAAAUAAAACAGAAUUCUGACUUUUUAUUUUGUUUUCAAAGUAAACGAAACCUUUAAUGAUUAAUUCAGGAGCUGAUUAUUAGAAUAAUAAUAAUGAUGAUAAUGAAUUCAUGCAGCUCUUGUGUAAACACCACAGUGUGUCAUUUUAAAUACACAACAGUCUGAAACCAGGACCAUGAAUGGAAACAUUAUUGACCUCCAAAAUGUGAAUUAAUCAAAGCACAAACAACAAAAAACACACAACAACCCACACAGCCUUAAACCUGUCACUCGUGGACUGAUUUGUGCCAUAAACAUGUAUGAAUGUUUGUUUGUUUGUUUGUUUGUUUUUAAAGAUAAAACUGUGAAUAAAUAUAUCAAUAAAAGCAAACUUCUUUUAAAUAACAGUAAGUUAUAGUGAAGAGAAAAGAGACUUCUGCUUUUACAGCAUGUUUUUGUACAUAUUUCAGCUGAAUUUAGCUUUGAUUUAAAGUCAAAGAGAAACUUAUAAGAGUUAUUUCUAAAGUGUCUUUAGUUCACUUUAAUUUGACUUUAUUUAUCCACACAUGACAAAGUUACUGUUUGUUUUUAUGUAAAGAAAUACGCAAAUGAACAUCCCGUAAUGUUCAAUAUAGAGCAUGAACAGCAUGAACUGGGAGUAUGUACCCUUAUUUGACCACUAGGUGGAGCUGUAGCUUCACUGAUAACAAUUCAGAGACCACGUGUGGCAGCAAACAA